AUGCUCGACAAGCUGACCGUCCUCUUUGUCGACCCCCACAUCACCCAGUUCCAAGAGUCGGUGCGUGCAUUGAUCAAGAGUGGUACCAACAGAGACCCAGACACACUCGAUUUCAGUGGAAUCAAUGAUUCAGAACCAACAAGUGCUACAAACACUUCGAAACACGUACAUGUAAAGGAAGAAUAUGGCACACAGUAUGAGAAUAUUGUUGGGUUUCCUCAAAAUAACAAAUCAACAACAACAACAACUCCAACAAAGAAAACUCCAGUCAAGGGGGGAUUGAAAACACCAACCAAGACAACAAAGUCUCCCUCAACUCCAUCCUCCUCUGCAAAGAAACCUAAAAAGGAUAUGUUUGGUGGUUCGACCGACACUUGCGGUAGUCAAGGCGAUGGAGAUGUGGUAGUUGAUAAAAAGGGUCGUGUCAAUUAUGACAUUAACAAAAAGGCAAAGUACGAUCCAAGUAGUUUGAAAGCAUUCUUUCAAAAUCAAAAGAAGUUAUUUGAUACUGUAGAAACCAUCAACAAGACCUAUGAACAUCAACAAAAUGAAAAACCAAUUGUUGAAACAACAUUUACUCCAAUUAAAUCACAACAAUCAAACAACAACAACAACAAAAAUGGUAAUGGUAUUAGUCAAUCUAUCAAUGACCAUAAUAAUGGUGGAUUUGGUGGUGAUGAUGAACAAAUAAGUGUUCGUCAAAUACUAUCUUCAAAAUUAAAUGUAAAUAAUAAUAAUAAUAAUAGUCCCAAACACCAACGCCUCAAUAAUAUACCAUCACAACAACAACAACAACAACAAAAGACCGUGAGUUCACAAGAAUCGGACGAUGAAGAAUUCAAAAAUUGGGGACCAUUUAAAUUUAGAGGAGCAUCCGAAUUCCAACAAUCUAUUGACAAACCAUCAAAAAAGACUGUUAGAUCCAUCCUCAAGAAACGUGAUCAACAUGACAUGUUGGAAACUGCCACUACCAACGCCACAACGGCAAUUAAACAACCAACAAAGAGAGUCAGAUUCCAUUCCUCGGGUUACACUCCACCUCCAGUUCAUUUCUAUUAG